GCCGCCUCGCUCUGCCCGGGUGCGGCCCCGCGGCGCCGGCGCGGUUGUUGCGGAGGCUGCCACCGGGGGCCCCGGGCCGGCAGGGCCCGGCCACCUGACAUGGCGCUCUGUCUCCGGCCUCGCUGCCUGCGGCGGCCGCUCCCUCCCCGUGUCCGUGCGGGACCUUGCCGCAGGCUCCUUGCCUGGAGUCGUGUUGCUGCCGAGAGCUCUCCCACAGCGCCUUCCCUGCCCUGCAGCUGCUACGUUUCGAUGCUUCUACGCUUGUCUCUUCUCACCCCUUGAGCCGCCGAUGCCUUGUUGUCCCAUACCAAAGAGAGAAACAAUCACCAAUUUAGACCGUGCUCUUCUUGCUCUUGGUCUGACCUGUUCCGGGCGCCUCCUCCCGUCUUUUAAACUUAUCAUCACCAACAAUUUCUGUGUUCAACUCCUGUGUAUAGUACCCACUGUAGGAAGUGCGGGAGAGAAUGUGGUCAUCAGCAGUGCUGUGGGAUUCAGUGGCCUGGUGGUAUUUCCAGAUCCUAAUCUGGGAUGAGGUGCUGUUUCUGGGACAGUGCGUUUAUUGCUUGCUACUGGCAUUCACGUAAUAACUCUCAGGCUUUAGAAGAUGCAUCGUUCAUGUGAUUGCGGGUGUUCAUUCUGUGUGGUGUGCACAAGGGAGACCUGUUAGAGCCGUGCGGGGUGCGUUUGGAUGAAGAGCACUCUGCGGCAUAGUUUAAAUUAGUAAACAUGGCUAAUGGAGUGAAGCGUAAAAACCAGUAAGGAAAGACAGGAAUGGGGGGUGAUAGGAGCUACGCCAUGCAAAUUGUAGUUGUGGUGUCUUUUAUGUAGUUGUUAAUUCAUUAUGCAAUUUUUAUGCAUUUGCUUUUAUCAAAAUGAAUAUUAGCAUCACCAAACAGUGGAAAUAUUUUAAGAUUAAAUGUAAGGAUGGUAAACAUAUGGCAUCUCUUUAGCACCACUAAUUCAUGGUUUGUUUUGCUUAAUAAAUUAAUCUCUUGUGGUUUGGGACACAAUGUAAGGGAGCCUUGAAAACGUGGGUUUUUACAUUUCUUGGACUAAUUCCACUUCUGUUUACAGUUAGUGCAUGCCUGCAAUAAAACUCUUCUUUUUCUGUAACAAGCAGUUUUUACUUUUAAUUUCUAUAGUUGGCUUUAAAAAUUAUAAAUAUGGAGUUCUGAGCACCUAUAUUUCUUUUUUCAGCUAUUGUUGCCUGUUACUCAGUCAUUCAGUUUUUAUGUGCCUCUUACAUUUGCGAAAUGAAAGGGCACCUAACUACAAACCAUGUUGGCUAGAUUUAAUUCAACACAGUGGUAAGGUGCUUUAUGGAAAACAGAAACUCUAAAAAUUCUAAUCUACUGUAUUUCUGCAACCUCUGUCUUAAAAAGAGGCUUACCUCUACCACUUGUGUUGUGCUCAGAGUUGAGCUGAUAAAUUUCUUUAGUUAUUUUAAUUUUUUUACAUUAAUUUUUCCCAGUCAACCUAAAUAUUGUUAAAUACAAGCUUUAAGGAGAGAACCAUAUUAUAUUAGAAGCUUUUUUUAUGGUAAGGGCAUAUUUUUGAAGGGUAAUGCUAUGAAGUAGCGAUGAUAAAGUUCACUGAAUUGGGGUAUGAGAGUUCAUUUUAUAGAAGCAUAAAGUGGAAGAUUCAGACAGCUUGUCACAUUCUCCUGGGUGGUGUCAAUAUUGCUACGUGAUGGGUGGCAUAUUUCUAUGAAAACUUCACAAGGGUUAGCUAUAAGCUUUUAACUAUUACUAAUAGAAAUCCCAACAAACAAACCGUAAUUCUGAUAGGUGUUUCCAAAUGAAUCUUUAUGGAAGAGACACUGACAAAUGCAAAAGGUAUUACAAAUGAAAAUAUUCUCUCCAGUGACUGACAAGUAAUCGGUGUAACCUGCUACACAGUUUAGCAUUUUUUACUGUGUUCCAGCUGAAAAUACUUGGAACCAGUAUUGAGGAACCUGAGGGUGGAAAAGUUCAAAAGAAUAGCAGUAAUAGUGGAAAUACAGUCUCUCCUCAUCUUUUUACUUUCAGUGAAAUGCCUCUGAGUAGUGAACUUACCAAUUCCAAAGGUAUAUACAGCAAUGGAGAGACUCAAAUGGUCUUUGAUUAUGCCUAAUUUUCAUGGUAUUCAGGUGUAUUCGUUGGUGGGACAGUCCAGCAAGGGAAAACAGAGUACUUAAUGUUUUACAAUGUAAAAAAUUUGCAUUUUUCAUUUACAUACUCCACAUUUCACACUGUGAAGAUGUUUUUUGACAUAACAGAAGUUUUAAUGCAGCACUGUGUGCCUCUUUGAGCUAUAAAGUAAAGGUGAGAGAGGUAUUUUUUUUAACGUAACUGCUAAGAUUUUCAAUGAUACAAUUUCAUAUUUUGUGAUUAAGAAAAGGUUUCUCUAUUUAUUCUGUAUUUCUUUGUCUUCUAAAUAAAUAAUUUUUUUGAAAUUUACUUUUCCUUUCUGUUCACUGAGGUACACACUGAUGUACAGUUAUGGCUGGUGAAUGAGUUAUGAAUAGAGAAGGUUUAACAAAGCAAGUAUCUUGAGCUGUCUGCUCUCUUAAAUACCAUGAUAGCAAGUAGUAAGAUACCUGCUCUGUCACUGAGGGGAGCAGCACAUAACUUUAGAUUUUAGAUAGAUUUUGGGAGGUGAUUAUUAUUAUGUCUGUUGAGAUUUUAGUAGCAAGGGGUUUGUAUCAGUUGAUGUAUGAAGACUUCAGAGAGAGGUAAACACAAAGAUAGUAUAGAAGAGCUUCUUAACAAUUAAUGAAAUGCUCAGAUUUACUUUUCUUGUUUUUUAGUCUUUAGCAGGGCUUUGUUUUGAUGCCACUAAAAGCUAGAUCUUAAAUUUUAAAUGAGGGAUUAAAUUAAUAAAUAAUAAGUAGAGGGUUUACAUAAGGGAACAGGUGGCAUAUGGAUACCUAAUGGGUUGAUGUUUCAGUGUAUAAGUUUGUCAGCAAACUUAUACACUGACCCUCCUUUACAGCAGUAUUGAUGACUCAAAUCAACCUAUUUGCAUACAUGUUCCUGUUAGGCAGGUUUUUGCCAGUGUCCUGUUUUUUGGGAGAUAAGUGAAUGAGGAAGGUCAAAUUUGAUGAUGCUUAAAGAUUAAAGCUCAGUGAACCAUAUUCUAUGCAAGUGUUAUAUCUACCUUUUUUUUUUUUUACAAAGGAUGCUGAAAGCCUCUUUUAACCCUUUCCAAACAUGUUUUUGUGGCUAGAUGGCCAUUCAUAUGCUCAUACAUCACAUUGCUUGUUCUGUCAAAAAUAUUUUGUGAGUUAAUUUAAUUCUUGAAGACUGCCCUAGGUGAUGGGAUUUGAGCCAAAAUGAACCAGAGUAGAAAGCACAUUGGUGUGAGAUUGGUAAACUCACCAAAAAGUUGUCAAGUUGAUAUAUUCUUACUGACGCUGCCUCUGAUGCACUGCCUGAUAUUGAUUUUUCUCUUUAAUGCCAUGAUGCGUUUGGACUGUGAACGCCAUUGGGUAAAAUCUCUUGCUGCAGAAGAUGUGGGUCGCUGUUCUGGCUUUUGAUGCUGUAAUAUCCAUGAACCAAAUGCAUGCAGCUUCUGGUGCUUAAAGCAUGGCAACAUGGAUACAUGGCAACUUAGCCUUAAUUUUCCAUUAGAUACUUGGGAGCUUAAACUUUAAAGUUUGUGUAGGAGGAAGGAGGAGGAUGGUAGUAAAAGGUGCAUCAGGGCUUUGAAGUAACAUUGGUAGGUGGGUUUUAAGUUUCAAGGUAUCAGUGAGCCCAUGGAGUGGUCUGACAUCACAGCUCCAGUGAACAAAGGUAGACAUUUUAUACCUUGAGUGUCCCUUUUGGCUUCAGUAGUUGCCACACAGCGUGAGCAAGGAGUUGUUUGUUUUUUUUUUCCAAACUGCUUGUAUUCUUACCUAAUUGCAUGCCAAUUAAGAUGCAGUUCUCCUCUUUUGAUGAAAAGUUUUUGUCAGUUAUUGUUACUUUCUAAUUCUUCUGUAACAGUGCUGAGUCAGCUUUUCCCAUUUGUUGUGACAUCUAAGGUGAUAGUUAUCCAAAUAGCUUUCAUUUAGUCUCCUUCCAGAGUUUACUACCUGAAGAAAUAAAUAUAAUAUGGAUCUUUUUAAUGGGGUCUGUUAGAGUUGUUAUGACUAGUGCUUGCUGUUGGUCGUUUGGUGUGCGUAAGCACAAGGUCCAGAGACCAAGUGUUGUAUCUUGAACGUUGCAAUGUCUCCCAUAUAGUCCACUCAGUAACUAGAUGUACAAAAGCUUUUAAAAGCACUAGACAAAUUCAGCAAAUUGGAAGUGACAGACACUAUUCAGAAAGGUACUUUGGUGAAAUGGAAGGAAUUGUAGUAUUGCUAUGCUAUCUUCAGCAGUUUCAGAUUCACUUAUUCAGGCAGGUCAAUAAAGUAGAUAGGCUGUUCAACAUCUAGGAUUCUGAAUAUCCUAAAUAGGCAGUGUGAGGUUGGUUUUUUUUUUCCUUCAUUAGGUUCCCUCAGGUUUUUGCCUAUCCUUGUCCCCAAUUCAGGCAAUUCAUUUUGGUAAUAUUUCUUUGUAGAAAUGGGGUUUUUUUAAGUCCAUCUUCUGAGAACUUUAAUAAACCAGAUUUAUUUUUAAUUUGACAAUUAUUAAACACACAGAAGCUUCUAUUUUAUAUUACUAACUUUAAAAUAUAAGCUAAAAUAUGAAAGUCAAGUUUAAAAUGUAAUCAGAUAUAUUAAAUUCACCCCCUGGCCCGAGAGGGAAGGAAAGAGAGUAAUUACAGUGAAGCCUAACAUUUGCUUUGUAAAAUAAAUGAUGUGUGAGUACUGUAAAAAAGUUAACAAAAUGAAUGUAAAGGAAAAUAAAGAAAAAAUAAAAUAUCAAGACAAAUGUAUCUAACGUAUAUCCAAAUAUGUAGUUGGAAAAUUAAAUUUAAUAUGUUGCUGUCUAAGAGAUACUUAGUUUAAAAUGCAAUCAAGAGUAUGCUUGUCCAUCAGCUGAAAAACACAAGGAAUGCUUAGUGGUAGAUACAAAUUGUGAUCACCCCUGCCUGGGGUGGGUUUUAGAUAAGAUGAUAGAAACAUGCGGAUACAGUUGGAGAUUUCCACUAAAUUAUUUUUCUCUGUUGUGAUUAAGAAAAUAAUAUAAUAGGAACUGAAGUAAUUUUUUGCCUCUUUCAUAGACAAACUAAGCAAUGAAAAAGCUUAAAGAUGUGCAACAUCUCUUGUCUGGUUUCUAGUUUUCCAUCCCUUUUUAGAUUAGUUUGGAAGGAUAUGCUUGUUUGAAAUCUCAGUUUCUUUUCUUUGCAAGUUAUCAUUCUGACUUUUUAACUUUUAUUUUUAAAAAGCCGUGUAGAGAACUAUUAAAGCUGUAAUGAAUAUAUGGUAAAAGGGGAGAACAUAAAAAUCUGCUGUGGCAGAUUCUACAGCGUGUUUAUUUCAUACCAGAUUUGUUGGGAUUUGAGGCAAUAUUAUGGCACACCUGGAUUAAUAAACUAAUUUAACAGUGGAAGAAAUUAUUUCUUUUAAACUGAAAGACUUAGACUGUAAAAGGAAACAGUGUUGAGAGCAUGAAGAAAUUUUAUGGUAAACAUAAUGUGGGGGAAAUUCUAGAAGUCAUAUUUGACUGUGGUGCUUUCCAGCAGGGUUUAUAGUGUUGGAUCACUUAAUGACAGGUAUUGGUUGGUGCGUUACUUUGUGAUUGUUGCAAUGUUAUCUCUGUAAUUGUUGCUUCUGUUUUUGCAGCGGAGAGCCUGAUAGACGCAAGUAAUUUUCGAAGGUGUAAGAGAAAUGUAUUUAGUGAACUGAGGAGAAUGCUUGCCAUACUUCAAGCUUUUCUUGAUGGUGAGCUCUUCUCUCACCCAGACUCCUCCAGUAUGUUGCUGUUCUCUAACAGUCUCAGUACGUGCUCUGAUGCUCCAGGAGCCAGUGCGUGGGAGUUGAACUGAGCCUGCCUGGGACUUGCUCCUUUACCUCGUUCAUGAGCACUCCUCACUGGUUCUGCGUGCAUAAUACUUUUCAUAUUCUGUUGCUUCUGAUUAGCUACCCAGCGGGAAAGCCCUUGUGAAUUGCCGUGCGAUGGGAGUCGGCUCGGUAUGUGCGCAUCUGCUGGGAGCCCUGCCGAGGCACCGGCCGCUAGGGUUCAAGGGGAGGGCACAGCUGUGUUCCAGUGCAGUAACGCGUUCUUCCUUUGAGGGGUUAGGAUUAUCUUUGGAAAUAAGUGAGCAUGAAAGUCUUAACUGUGAUUUUACCUCUGCCUCUGGGUAUUUUUCCUGAUGUUCAGAGUGUUUCAAAUGCAAAAUAAACCGUUCAAAAUUCAUACACUGAAGGCAUUGUGCAGGGGAAGAUUGGUUUUUUUUUCGCAGCAACUGUUUUUAAUGGCUGUAUAGCUAAAGAAGUUUAUCUUUCAUCCUCAGUCCCACAGAUUUUACACUUGUUAUGAUAGGUAAUCUAGUAAUGUUAGAAAUAACUUUUUAAAAUAGCUUGGUAGUGUACCAAUCAUGUAAAUAAUCACAGAGUGGUUUUUGAACUAGAUAAAGCAAAAUUUUGAUUUUCUGUAUUUUGCUGGCAUAAACUUUUUAUUUUAAAAAUGGUAGAACAAGUUCUUUAAGAUUAGACUUUGUUCUAGUAGUAUUUUUAUGCAAGCCCCCUGACCUUUUGAUGAAAAAUUUGGGUAGAACAUAAUACAUGAUCAUAGGCUUAUGCUCCAGGAAUAAAGCUUUCAGUAAAAUUCCUCUUGAAUUUUCUCUGCUAGCUACUUAGGUCUCGUUGAAGGUGUUUGUGGCCACUGCAUGUAUAGUUGCUUUGACAGUUACUUCUCAGUGCUUUUAGUGUUCUGAAUGGCUGCAUGGUAGUCUUAAAAAGCUGAUGUUAUCUUUUUCUUCAUCACAUCACUGAAGACAGGUUAAUUUCUGUCAGGGAUUUUUGUAGCAAGAGCUUUGCUUCUUAACAUUGCUUUUUAUGAAGUGGUCAUCGCUGCUUUGGGCACCACAAUAUUUGAGUAACAAAUAUAUAAAUGUUCUCCUAUCCAGAAAAAAAGCUUGGGAUAUGUUAUUGUGUCUUCAAAGCCAAUGCCACUUUUUAAUGUUGGAUGCAAAAGGUUUCUUGCAUUCUCACAAUAUGUAGGUAUUCUAUUGCAGUGUCAGUAACUGACACUUGUUAAUGUCAUGUUUCACCAUAAUUUUAUCCUGUGGCUGUUGCUCUUGUGCUCAUGUAAUGCUAAUAUGAAAAAAUCUGUCAUUACAGGAAGGUGCUUUAAAGUACUGUGUUGGGGCAUUUGUAAUUAUUUUCUUACUUGGAGCCAUUGCAUCUCUUGUAGGUUAUCCUGUUGUAUCAGAUUGUUGUAACUACUUGGUAUAAUAAUAAAAACAGAUUAUACACUGCAGCACAGUACUUACUCCAUUAGUUUGCUUCUUCAUUUGUUGCCAGAUUUGGAACUUCAGAGACCAUGUUUGCUGUUAUAGAUGCUGUGUGGUGUAUAUACAGAUAUAGAUAUUACAUAGAUAUAGAUAUUGUGUGGUGUAUGUACAGAUGCACUGCAUUGCUUGAUAAGAGAAGUCCAUUUUUUUUUGGUGAGAGUGCUUUCAAAUUACAACUUGCUGCUGAAGUCUGUUAUCUCUUUUCUAAAUGCACGUGAUUCAGCUAAACUUCACUCUGGCUGCUUGGGCAGUAGGACCUUGUGUAUUAGACUGCUUUGUUGUGUAGAAAUUGGAAAGAUAACAUGCUGUGCAGAGACACAGUUCUAUACCUGACCACCACUUUCUUCUGAGCUGCCUUGUGGGAGAAGGAAGAAAGACUGGCAUGUUUGAAAAUAAAUCCCCAACAACCCAAAACACAACAAAACCCCACAGACAAAAAAAAAAAAACCUAAGAAACUCCACCCAAACAAAAGGAAACACCAUUUGUGUUAAACCCGUAGUUUUGUAAGUUUGUGAAAUAAAAUGCGCAAAUAGGGUUGAAAUUGUAACAGAGCCCUUGCAUGUAUCUGGCUAGGAUAUUCUCAGUUGAUUGCUAAAACAGAAAUGCCCCAUUAAUGUGUCUAAGGAAGCAUACUUAAUGUUCUAUUAAGCAUGAGUAAGUACUGGAUUUUUUUAGUGGCAGGUUGCUGGAAUAACCAUCUAGAAAGUAAUUCAAGCACUGCAAACUCCAAUUCUCACUUGUCAUUUUCCUUUAAUUAGUGUGUUCAUUCUAAAAAAAUCAUUAUCUCACGUGGGAGGAGGAUGAUGAAAGAAGGAGCAGGAUACUUGUUUGUGUCCUUUUGCUGUUUCCAAAAGCUUUAACAGCCUUGUGUGCCAAAAAAUGGCCUUUCAGACUAUCCUGGAUGCCAAAUUAAGGCAGACGGUACUGCACUGCUCUAUUUUCCUUACCCGUCUGAUCAUAUUUAUUAUGGUUAUCUUUCUCCACUUCGAGGAUAUGCUAAAGCAAAACUUCCAAAGUGUUUUGCUGACUUUUUUUCCAUUCUUAGUUUCCAUGUUUAGUUAUACAUACUUAAUGUCAUAUACAUACUUAAGUCUUCAGUACUUGCACUUCUGCUGCAUUGCAAAGAAGAUCUAGAAAAUAAAGAAUUCCUUGUAAAAUGCAGUUGCCAUCUUUGUAUACAAUUCCUUACGUAGACUUCUAGACAUCCAUCUAAACUUCUUCAAAAUUGAAGUUUCAAAAGGCUCCUCCUUUUGAUGCCAGCUCAGAAUUCUCAUGUAUUUGAUUGAAAUUAGAUUUUUCGUAUAAAAUUGAUGUAAUUUUAUUGGCUGAAUUGAUCGAUGAAAAAGAAUAGAAAUAAAACCUUGCUGUUUAAAAAUACUAACUUGCUAUGAAGUAUCUGGUAGUUGCUCUUUGAACAGAAAUAUAGUUUUUCUCAGUAGUACACCAUAUUAAUAGUAUGGCAGGCUCUGGAACCUUCUCAGCUCCAUUGCUGUUAGUGGAAGCUGACCUCACAUUUGUACGUUUAAAAAGAAGAAAGUCAUGCUCACAGUGCUGCUAUCUCCAGGUUCACUUGUUCUUGAUAUCCUCCUCCUCUGGUGUCCUGUCUGCUUGGGCUGGUUAAGAUUUAAACAAAUUAUAGAAAGAAGCUAUUUAGUUACCUUUGUUAUUCACACUCUGUAGAAGUGUCAGCAUUCGGAUGCUGAUAGAGGAGAAUAGCAUGGAAUUUCUUUUAAAAAUAAUUAGGGAAUUGAUUUUUAGUUAUGAUUUUUAGUGGGGCAUACUAAGCCAUAAGCAGUUUUUUAUUUGUUUUUAUAAUUUUUAAAUACCUUAAGCAUUCUUUAUAAAACACAAGAGCCAAAAACUUUGCUGGUGUCUUAGGUGUUUUACAAUUUGUAGCUUCUUUUCUUAUGGUAUUUUUCUUGUCUUUCUAUAGGGCUGAAAGACACACAGGAGUCUUCAUGGAUAUAGUUGAUACAUUUAACCAUUUAAUUCCUACUGAACAAUUAGAUGAUGCCCUAUUUCUAGAAUCCAACCUGGAGAAUGAAGUCUGUGAGGAUUUUAGUACAAGUCAAAAUGUCUUAGAGGAUUCGCUGAAGAACAUGCUCAGCGAUAAGGAUCCUAUGCUAGGAUCUGCAAGUGCCCAGUUCUGUUUGCCUGUUUUGGAUAGCAAUGACCCCAAUUUCCAGAUGCCUUGUUCUACAGUUAUUGGUCUUGAUGAUACUAUGGAUGAAGAAGGAGUUAAAGAGAGUGGUAAUGACGCCAUUGAUGAUGAUGAGCUUGCUUUACCUAAUAGGAAUUUGAGAAGCCGUGCUGAAGAAGCGUCAGUCACAUCACCGAGGAAAUCACCACGUUUAAUGGCACAAGAACCAGUACGGAGUCUGCGGCAGAGCACGCUAGCCAAGCGUUCGAAUGUUGCUCCUCCUCUUAAUACCAAGAAAUCAUCUGUAAAAAGUGGAUCUGCUCCAAAAAAUGGACAGAAACAAGAGAGAAGUCCAAUUAAAGAGACAGAUGUUGCAGCACGCUUGAAAACAGAGCAGCCUAGGGAGGUUAGGCGUAGUACAAGACGAUCAGGACAGUUGGAAGGAGCAGCAGCAGCAGUAACAGCAUCCCAAAGUAAUACAAAAUGUCUGUCUGGUCCUGAAGAUGUGAAAGAAAUUAAGUCUGAAACCCCUGAGCAGGCAGAAGUUGAAGAAACAUCCCAAGAGUUAAGUUGUGCUAAUUUAAGAGAACCCUGUUCUCCUUCUCCUGAGGAAACAAAGGAAAUAGUAGAGGUUGCAAUGAACACUGGCUCUGGGAGUGCUGAGUCAGUUUGUUCAGUAUCUGCAGAUACUGAAAUGAUUCCUGUUAAAAAUGAAACAAGUGAUGUGAUUGAUUCAAUGGGCUUGGAAAAUUCUUCAGAAGAAAAGACUGUUAAUAAAGCAGAGGAAUCAGAGAAGAAAGCAGAAGAACAUAAUCAAAUUGAAAUAACUGGAAAAGAUAAUGAUUCAUCCAGUGCUUGCUUGAAUACAGAUGGAAUUUGUGAGACCUUUUCAAAUUCGUCCAGCUCUGUGAAAGAGGGGGUUGAUUGCAGUUCAGGUUCCCACAGUGUGGAAAUUCUGGAUGAAAAUGUAUUGUCAGUAAAGGAAUGCGUAGCAGAAGCUGGAGGUGAUGACAAGGGAAUGGAGAAAACUGAAACUCCAUCUGAGAAACUAUUGGACAGUACAGACUGUGAUAAUAAAGACUUGAAAAACAAAGAGUUUACUUCAGCUGACCCAGGAAAUAGCAUUUUAGAAAGUGCUGUUGUUGACCAGUCAAGCCAAAAUGUACAGCAGCAGAUCGACAGUACUAAAGUAGAAGGCCAAGAGGCAUCAAAAUUUCAGGAUGAUGAGAAACAAAUUGGAAUUUCAAAAUGUGAAAAGAACAUUAGGCCUCGGCAUAGUAAAUCUGUAGUACAGAAUAAACAAAAUCUGACUGCAGGUACUCGGCAGAAAUCAGGUUCAGUGCAACAAGAAAUGACUCGGUCAAGAACGAGAGCUGGUGUUGCUGUUUCGGGCCUUCACAGUCCCUCUUCAGCAAGUCUGAAGCGAAAUGCUGAUGAGCAAGAGAGUCAUCAGCAUCCAAGUAACCCAGUUAAAAUUAGAAAGAAACAAUCUGAUCUAGGUUUGAAAGCAAAGAGUAGCAUUUCAGGGGUGACUGUAAAAAAGCAGACCAACACAAAGCUAAAGAAAAUACCCCGAGUCCAGGCUUCUGGGCAAACCCAGAAGUUAUCAGUUCAAAAAGCAAGUGAGAAAUCUCCUACUCAUCAAAGCUGUUCUAAAGAUACCCACCACUCUGUGCAUUCAUUAUCAGGUCAUGUUUCACAUCCUGGUCAGAAGCAAGCCAGCAAACACCAACUUGCAACUGGGCUAAAAGCUAAUAACUCUACAAAGGAAGAGGCAGAGACUAAAGAUCCCUCUGUUGAACAUCUGAAGGAGGAUGAUAAGGAAAAAAACAAGUCAAAAAGAAAUGAUAGAAAUCUCCAACCUCGCCAGAGAAGAAGUAGCAAAAGUCUCUCACUUGAUGAACCUCCUUUGUUCAUUCCAGAUAACAUUUCAACUGUUAAAAAGGAAGGCUUGGAACAUACCUCUGCUAGUGAAAGCAAACAUAUUUGGGUGCCCAGCAAACAGUGUGGCUUUUGCAAAAAGCCACAUGGCAACAGGUUUAUGGUAGGUUGUGGUAGAUGUGAUGAUUGGUUUCAUGGUGAUUGUGUUGGGCUGAGCCUUUCUCAAGCGCAGCAGAUGGGUGAAGAAGAUAAAGAGUAUGUGUGUGUGAAAUGCUGUGCUGAAGAAGACAAAAAAAUGGAGUGCUUUGAUCAAAAUGUACCAGAUACUCAAGUGAAACUUGAGCAUAAAGAAGAAAAAGCAAUUGAGUGUGAAAAACUGGGGAUGUCAAAACAAACACCUACUUGUAAUCUAAAUACAGUGGCUGAAAAAACGAAGCAAACGGAGGACACUGGGAAGCACAAAGUCAAAAUCUUCAGACGGGAAUCUGGGGAUGGGAAGAAUUUACCAGAGUCCAGAGACUCAGAUACUAAAAAAGGGCAGCAUGUUCCUGCUCGGAAGGGAUCACAAACUACUGCAACUCCUCGGCGGUCCCCUGAAGAUAAAAAUGAAAAAAUAAGUAAAGAAUCCCUUAGUACAAUGGAAAGGUCCACAAAAUCAGGUGUGCAUGAGAAACAAGAAAUUAAGAAAAAGAAAAAUGAGAAAGGAUCCAGUAGUGCAACACACCUGCCGGCUGUGCCAGCUUCUAAGCCAUCUGCUGAUCAGAUAAGACAAAGCGUUAAGCAGUCUCUUAAGGAAAUUCUUAUGAAAAGAUUGACAGACUCCAGUUUAAAGAUUCCUGAGGAGAGAGCAGCAAAAGUUGCCACAAGGAUUGAAAGAGAGCUGUUUUCUUUUUUUCGAGACACUGACGCAAAGUAUAAGAACAAAUACAGAAGUUUAAUGUUCAAUCUGAAAGAUCCUAAAAACAAUAUACUGUUUAAGAAAGUACUGAAAGGAGAGGUUACUCCAGAUCAUCUAAUAAAAAUGAGCCCAGAAGAACUGGCUUCCAAAGAGCUGGCUGCUUGGAGACAGAGAGAAAACAGACAUACAAUUGAAAUGAUUGAGAAAGAGCAGAGGGAAGUUGAAAGAAGACCUAUCACAAAAAUUACUCACAAAGGAGAAAUAGAAAUUGAAAGUGAGACACCAAUGAAAGAACAAGAGGAAGUAAUGGAAAUUCAGGAACCUAAUAUGAAGUUGUUUGAGAAGUCAGAAGAAGCUGAAAAGGAUAAAGAAAUAAAUGAAUCUGCAUCUCCGGACACCACAAGUCAACAUAAAAAUCAUCUCUUCGAUUUAAACUGCAAAAUCUGCAUAGGCCGAAUGGCACCACCUACUGAUGAUGUGUCAGGGAAGAAGGUGAAGGUGUCUGUUGGGGUUGCACGGAAGCAGUCUGACAAUGAAGCAGAGAGCAUUGCAGACGCACUCUCCUCCACGUCAAGUAUUUUAGCUUCAGAAUUACUGGAAGAUGAUAAGCAAGACUCAUCAAAGUCAUUCACACCUCUCCCAAAGUCAGAAACGCCUGGUACUGUGGAAUGUGAAAGUCUGUUUCUGGCACGCCUGAAUUUCAUCUGGAAGGGCUUUAUCAAUAUGCCUUCAGUAGCAAAAUUUGUUAUUAAGGCUUACCCAGUUUCUGGCUCCUUUGAGUAUUUAACAGAGGAUUUACCUGAUAGUAUUCAAGUAGGUGGCAGGAUAUCUCCCCACACUGUCUGGGAUUAUGUAGAAAAAAUCAAAGCUUCAGGGACCAAGGAGAUCUGCGUGGUUCGCUUUACCCCGGUAACCGAAGAAGAUCAGAUCUCCUAUGCAUUGCUGUUCGCCUAUUUCAGCAGUAGAAAACGUUACGGUGUAGCGGCCAAUAAUAUGAAGCAGGUGAAAGAUUUGUACCUCAUCCCUUUAGGCUCCUCAGAUAAAGUCCCUCAUCAGCUUGUGCCUUUUGAUGGGCCUGGGAUUGAAAUACAUCGACCAAAUUUAUUACUGGGAUUGAUAAUUCGCCAGAAGAUGAAGAGGCAGAUUACUGCUGUUUCAAGUGUAACCAGUAGUUUUGCAGAUGAAGCUGCUGAAAGUACCUUGAGUAGCUUGCCACCAGAGAAGAAAAGCAAGCCAAGCAAACCUGAAGUCUCACAUCAUGAUUUGGCACUAGAAGAAGAAGAGGAAAAUAAUUUUUUUAAUUCCUUCACAACUGUGCUACACAAGCAGAGAAAUAAACCACAGCAGUCUAAUACAGAUGAUGCUCCAGCAGUUACUGAACCGUUGGUGGAAAGUACCAAGCAUGACCCACCAAAGCCUCUCAGGUUCCUUCCGGGAGUCCUGGUUGGAUGGGAAAAUCAGUCUUCAACUCUGGAGCUAGCAAAUAAACCGUUGCCAGUGGAUGAUAUUCUUCAAAGCCUGUUGGGCACGACAGGGCAGGUGUAUGAGCACAGCAAGUCAGAAGCAAGUCCUAGUGAAGACAUACCAUUAUUAAAUGAACAGGCAACCUUGAAAGAAGAAAUCAUGGAUGUUGCUGACGUAACUGCUGAAGCUGGUGAAGCAAAGUCUGGUUUGGAUGAUCCUCAAGAAUCCACUAAUGGUGCUGCAACUGUGGAUGCAGCAGCUGUAGGGACCUCAAGUUCUGCAAGAAGUGCUGGUUCUUUGAUAGGGCUGACUCUUAAGGGAAAACCUCCAGAUGUCUCCACAGAAGCAUUUUUAGCAAAUUUGUCUGCUCAGGCACAGAAUAAGGAAACUGAAGAAAGUAAAGAAAAUGACCCAAAGCGGCAGAUACCAGACAAGGAUAGUGUUGCACAGGAAGUUAGAAGGAGCACAAAUUCCAGCUUUUCUUCCUCAUCAAAUUCAGGAAAAAAGCCCAGUGAGAACAAUGUUAAUGUAAGCUCUGCUGAAGGUACUACUGCUAAUACCUCUAAAUCACCACCAUUUAUUAAUCUUAAAAGAGACCCACGACAGGCAGCUGGACGAAGCCAGCAGACUAAUAUUUCAGAAAACAAGGAAGGCGAUGUUAGCAGAAAUGAAGACCGACAAAAUGCUUCAGGAAAUGAUCAAGGAGAACCAGAGAAUAAACAACUUUCUGGAGAAGGGGGCUUAAACCUGUAUCAAAGUGAGGCACAAACCAAUGAGACACCGUUCAGUUCAGCUGCAGCUAAGGCAGAUAACCCAGUUGCAUCACAAGCAGAAGAUACCAAACACUCACAGGAAGAUGGAUUGAUGCAAAACACUGAAACAGUGAACUCAUUUAGAAGAGGACCAGCUGCAACUUCAUCUCAUUUUGAAACUGAAAACUCUUCUCAUUCUGAAUUUAUUUCCAAAGUUCCAAGCCCCGUUGCAAGUGGCAGCUUCUCAUCUGUUGGACCUCCACAGCAGAAUUUUCAGCAUUCUAAAUCUAAUCCACCUGGAUUUCAGUUUCAGGCUCCUGUACCUCAUAACUUCCCUCCACAAAACAACCCUAUGUUUGGAUUUCCUCCUCAUUUACCGCCUCCACUUCUUCCUCCUCCUGGCUUUGGUUUUCCUCAAAAUCCAAUGAUGCCAUGGCCACCAGUAGCUCAUUUAUCAGGCCAGCCACCACAGUAUGCCGGACCCAUUGCACAAGGGCUACCAGUGGCUCACAAACAAUCAAGAUUUUUGGGACCAGAAAAUUUUUUUCAGAGUAAAGACAGUAGGAGACCAGAAAGACGCCACAGCGAUCCUUGGGGCAGAGAAGAACAGCAUUUAGAGAGAGGAUUCAGUAGAGGAAAAAAUGAUCGACAAAGACUUUACAGUGAAACCCAUCACCAAAAAAAAGACAGACAUGAAAAAGAAUGGAGCAAUGAAAAAUACUGGGAGCAAGAUUCUGAAAGAAACAGGCGCAGGGACAGAAACCAGGAAAAAGAGAGAGAGCGGAAGAGUAGGGAGGAAGGACAGAGAGACAAAGAAAGAGUGCGAUCCCCACACAGUGAUAGAGCUGCUGAUGGAAAAAGCCCCAGAGAGACUAGAAAUCCAGAAAAAAAGACAGAGAAGCCUAAAAGUGAUGAACAGGCUCAUGAAAAAGAUAAGGAGAGGGAGAAAAGCAAAGACAAGCAUAGAGAACGAGAAAGUGAAAAGAACAGAGAGAGACAUAGGGACCACAGUGACAGAACUAAAAGCAAAAGGUAAAAAGAUGCAGGCAGUCUUUUAAAAUCCUAUUUAAAUAAACUGUUAGAGUAAUGUCGUAAAACUUUGUAUGACAAAAAAAAGAGAGCCUGCUAGGAUUGUGCCAUCGUUUUUUAUUCUGUGUUGGUGUUUUGCAGAAACAAGUCUGUGUUUUGGUACCACUCAAUGUACCAAUACUCAUCCUUUUUUUCAUUAUACCAACUAUCGCUAGAAGUAGGAGUUUAAUAUUUUAAAAAUUUUACAUUGCUGUAUAUUCAAAAUUUUAAAGAUUUCUUUUUAUUAAUAUGCAAUAAAGGCUUAGGAAUUUUCUUAGCUGAGGAAGUUGGCUUUAGUCAAGUCUGCAAUAUAGUUGCUGCCUUUGGUAAUUUGUGCUCUCUUCUGUUUUAAGAUGCCCUGACAAUUUUAAAGGUUGUUUUCAUACAAUACCCUUGUUUUUAAAUUGCACUGUUUUUAAAGACUGCAGCAAAGCCUCGGAAUCCACAUGUUACAACAAAAUGUAAUAUGUUCGGUGGUGUGAAAAGUUUGGGGUUUUUUUUUAAUUAUUCAGUAGUACAAAAAAACCUCAAGUAUGUUUCGUUAUAUUAUAUUUCAAGUUUUUCCUAAGCAUCUGAAGCAGUUUGUGACCAGAAAUUGGAAGGCUGAGCUGCUUGAAUGUUAUUACUUCAAACUGCACUUGUUUUAAUAAGAAAGCAUUUCUAACCUAAAUUCUUGAAAAUUAUUUGUAGUAGUAAAUUCAUUUCUCCCACCAUUUUCCAUGCUUCAAAAACUUGAAUACCUGAGCUUGUACAUUACUUUGUGUUUUGCUAUCCUUUUUACUGUAAAAUGUAAAUAUUUUAAGGGAUAUUUUGAUUCUAAAAUGAUAAAACUUUCUCACA